AUGAACGGACAAGAAGAUACAGGAGAAAUUCCAGAAGUAGAGGUAGAUGGAGUAGUAGUGCCUGUCAGAGGCGAAGACGAAGAUGAAGAUUUACUUGAAUAUGAAGAUAACUCUGGAGAAGAAGGAGAAGGAGAAGGGCAAUCAGGAGAGGGUAUCGUUGACCAGUUGAACCCCCAAUCGAACACGACUGCAAAUGCCGAAGUCCGUCAGGCCGCCGAGAGUUUAUUGAAGAAGCAACUUCCCAAGGUUCUAGUUCAUUAUCAAGAUGAUAAGUUCCUGCUAUUCAAUUAUGAUGAUGCUAGAGAUGAUGAUGAGGAAGCAUAUCCAAUUAUAUGCGAGAAUACCAAAUAUAACAAUGGUAGCUGUACUGAAUUACUGGCGUCUGUCCGCAAAUUUUUGGAGACAUACUACAAUAGAAUCUUAUUUGGAAGUAAGGAAAUAUUGUUUGAGAUCCCAGCUCUUGAUCUAACUCUUUGUGAAGAUAACAUUUAUAACAAUCAGAUAACAUUCAGUGAUAUUGAGACCAUUUUUAGAAUUCUAAGAGAGAGAUCGAUGGCUAAUAGUGAAGAAGAUGUUCCUUUAUGUUUAGAGGCAAAUAUUUCCACGAGACCAAGAUUUGUAUCUCGUUAUAACGCCUUAGUUGAACUUACAGAAAGCACAGCAUCCUUGAAGAAUAUUAAACCUUUUUCCAAUAGUGAAAAUAAUCCGUUAGUACUGGAUGACAAUGAACCCUCAGUUUCGAAUCCUCCUGAUAGCAUAGUUAUGGAUCUUGAUGAAGAUGAGGAAGCAGGGAAGGAUAAGAAGACACCUGAGACUGUGGAAACGGCAAAGGAGAACGAAGAAGAGGAGGACUCAGUUAUGGAUAGUGAUCCAGAUGAACUGCUUGAGAUAAUGACAGAAGGGGAGGAGGUGUCUCCAGAUGAAAAGGUACAUAUAUGA